ACUGCUGUGGGUUGGUAACCGAUAGAAAACGCGGAGACACAAAUUCGCUCGUCCCCGCUCGCUCGGUGAGGAGAAGAAGGAGAAGAAGAAGCGCCCUUUUCCAAAUGGCAACCACGGCGGACGGCGAUUGGGAACCCGCGCUCCACGGCUGCCACCACCACCACAACAACAAUAAUAAUAACAACAAUAACAAAGAUAACGAAGGCGGGGAGACGGCGACCUGUCCUCCGGCCAGCUCGACCGAACCCGGCGGCGGGAAGACGUCGCAUAGCGUCGGUAACGGCUCGGUCAUCAAUUCGGGCGGUGGAAAUAAUGGCAAGUGGGUUCGGCUCAACGUCGGCGGCACCGUCUUCCUGACGACGAGGCAAACGCUCCUAAAAGAACAAACUUCGUUCCUGUAUCGGCUGUGCCAGCAGCAAGACCUGCACUCGGACACGGAUGAGACAGGUGCCUAUGUGAUUGACAGAGACCCCACGUACUUCGGACCCAUCCUCAACUACCUGCGACAUGGCAAACUAGUCUACAACAAGGAACUAGCUGAAGAAGGAGUACUAGAGGAGGCUGAGUUCUACAACAUCACACCUCUCAUUAAACUCAUCAAGGAGCGGAUCAUAGAGAGGGACUCCAAGUCCACGCAGCAGGUUCCCCCUAAGCACGUCUAUCGAGUGUUGCAGUGCCAGGAGGAAGAGCUGACCCAGAUGGUCUCCACGAUGUCCGACGGCUGGAAGUUUGAGCAGGUCAGCGUGCGCACCUGCAGAAAGCCCCGCACUGGACUGCUCUGGACUAUGGUGAACAUUGGCUCAUCGUACAGCUACGGAACAGAGGAUCAGGCUGAGUUUCUGUGCGUUGUUUCCAAGGAGCUUCACACACCUGGUUCUGGGCUUGGGACAGAGCAGAGCCACAAGACUAAGCCAACGGAGACGCAGGAGGAGGAAGCAGCGAAGGAGGAGGAGGCAGAGGGAGGGAGAGAAACCACACCAAAUGAGUGGCUUAGAGAAUGAGGCAGUCAUGUUCCUUUGUUCCAAAGCAAGCGGGGAAAGGCUUUUCCAGAUCCACGGCUCCCGGAUGUAGACAUGACAAGAACCUAAAUUAUUUAUUUCGGCUCGAAACAACAUCACGUGCAUGGAACGUGUGUGUAUCUGGUAUCCAACAGACAGCUGCUGGAAGUAGAUUUGUAGCUUUUUUUAGUCAGUUCAUUGACCAACUUUAAAAAAAAAAAAAAAAAGAUGAACUCAAACAACAUAUUCAUGUGAGUACAGUUAUCUUCUUAGUAAUACUUUCCAGGGAUUUGACAAAUAGGACCUGCUUGCAUGGUGCAAGAAUGGGACUGACAGUACAUUUAUGACCAAAGAUAUUGACUCCACCUGACCAAGAUCAGAAUUUGAUGAAAACUUAUUGAAUUCAUGGUGUUGUUGCCAGGGAAGCAUUCAUAGAUUUAUUAUUCUUGUAGUCUUUCUAGUAUAACAGCACUUAGCUAGGAAUGCAAAACAACAAAAGAGAAGGCCUCAAGUUAGCGUUUGGAGUCCAUCGUAUUUGACAAUAUUGCCAUUAAUUAUCAGUUCUUGAUUGGAACCCUAUCAUGUAAUCCCAAGUGGCAACUUUAAGAAUUUGUCCAAUGCAGCAGGGUUCGCUAUAUUCAUUUACCCAGAAAUUAAGGUACAACCUGCCUCUUUACAGAUUUAGGCCAGUCACUAAAAUAGAGCCCCAAACCGCCACUCCGUCUCAUCUCUCCUAUUCCGCCUCAGCAUAAAAAGCAACGGGAGGUGCUAGUAAAUUACAUUUAAAUAGCUGUAAAGUUCACUUUGGUUUGUGACCCUUUGACUUGGUUGGUGUUUUGACUGGGGGGGUUUAGGCCAGACACCAAUAGCUGAAAAAACUGUGGAAUAGGGUAGUGUAGCUACGUGUAUUGCACCCCCCACCCAUAAAAAAAAAAUAACAUCCAUUUGAAAUACACAAGCAUUUUCCAUUGCCCGUGGGAGCCAAGAAUUAAUUGCUACAUAAAUGGAAAGUACAGUGGAACCUCGGAGUGCGAACGACUCGUGGGUCACAUCGGAUUUCAAUCAAAAAAAAAAUCUGCGUAAAAAAUGCCUUGGUGUUUGGCCCAAUUCUUGGCGUAAAUUUUUCCAGUACAGCAGUUUCUUUGCUGUGGGCCCAAAAAAGGGACAGCGGCGCUACCAGCAGAAAAGGAAAAAGGAAGGUUGUGCAAACCACAGUGGAAGGAGAUAAUCACCAAGUACGAAAAUGGGAUGCGUGUUUGUUACGCCUCUUGCUAACUAGUAUCAUAUGGCUAAGUCAACUAUUUCCACUAUCCGGAAGAAUAAAUAUCUAAUAAAAAUCAGAAGGAGUGACUAGUAAUACAAAGCAAAGGCCACAGAUAACAGAAGAAAUGGAAAAGACUUAUCCAGUCAAAUCAUGGUGGGUGAUUUAGCUGGAGCACGAAAUCUAUGUUCUAUUUGAGGAUUGUUACGCAUUAUAUCCAUAAAGCAUUAUCUAUAUUAGCAUUGGCCUCACAGUUCUGAGGACCGGGGUUCAAAUCACGGCCUCCCUGUGUGGAGUUAGCAUGUUCUCCGUGUGCCUGUGUGGGUUUUCUCUGGGCACUCCAGUUUCGUCCCACAUCCAAAAACAUGCUACAUUAAUUGGACACUCUAAAAUUGCCCCUACGUGUGAUUGUUGGUGCGGCUGUUGUUUGUGUCCAUGUGCCCUGCGAUUGGCUGGCAAUCAAUUCAGGGUGUACCCUGCCUCCUUCCUGAUGACACCUGGGAUCGGCUCCAGCACUCCCAUGACCCUUGUGAGGAUAAGCAGCUCAGAAAAUGGAUGGAUUUGAUAUUUGGAUUUGGGGGAUGGAUUAAACUGAUUUACAUUUAUUUCCUAUGGAAAAAAAUGUUUUGGGGUUGAAUAAAUCUGACUUUGAACACUUCACAAGAACAAAUUAUGUUGGAACUCUGAGGUCCUACAGUACUAAAAGGAGCCAAUUGCACUGUAGCACAAAAGUAACAGUUUCCAUUGACCCAGAGAAAAACAGAAGCAUGUCUUAGUCUGCCCUUUGGAAAACAUUUUUUACACAAAGUUCUUAUGAGUCAACCUUUGAUACCUUUUCUUGACGUAACGGCAGUGUACCAACACUGCAGUUAGGUCAAGAAAAGUAUUUUCCAGUAUAGAAAAAAUAUACUUGUAGUAAUUUGCAGGUGCAAUUUUGCUGUAAGAUCAUGGUGUUCUGGUGACACAUUUUACAGAUGAAUAUGAAAUAGCACCCACUGUAAUUAACAUUUAUCUCCUCCCACUGGGAUUGUCUCCUUUCUGGACAUCUGCAGCCAUCUUGAGGGCUGCGGCUAAUGUGUGAGCCUUGUGACAAUUGCAUACAUGAUGGAACACGUACAGGGUGUUUUAUUUCUUUAUUUUUUUUAACCCUAGAAAAAUCACCCAUAAAAUAAGAUGCAAAUACAGCAAUCUUUGUUUUUGUGGACACGAAUACAAACUGGCCUGUUCUGGAAAUUUUAAGAUCGUUGCAAUACACGUGUAGCCAGAUUACCAAAAUUAAUGUGAGCGUACAAUGAUGUUUAUCUGAUUAUAAACAUAUCUGUGGUAUUAAGAGAAGACUGAAAAGGUACCAUUUUGUAACUAGCUAUUUUUAACAUAGAUAAUUGAGUGCCUUUUUCAAGUGGCAAAAGACUGACAUCAAAAUGGGCUUAGUUUUUAAGUGUGUUUUUUAAAAUUCUCUUCAAAUGUACUUUACAGGUUCAUUUUGAGUGCUUGAGAGUAGAAUUUUCAGGAAAGGGAAAGAUAAGUGCACAAAAACAUGGAGGUGUAUAGUUUGUUAAAUACAGAUAUUGAGGGACCUAGAUGGGAUUUUUUUGUGUCUUUUUUUAAUUUUUUUGUAUAUUGGUUUCUUAUUUAUUACCAAGGUUUGAAAUGUAAAAAAAAAAAAAAUUCUGGGUUUUGUUCUAGGGGGUAAUCUCAUUUGGGUGGGUGACUUCUUUUUGCAUGUCGGGUUUGCUUUGCUACAUCCUCAUGUACUGUAUGUAGUAUUAAUGGGUUUGUACACCACUUGUUAAUUGCUUCCUGCUGUAUGUGAUGUGUAAAACCUAUAGUGGGCAAUUUAUUAUUUUAGUACAACAACAAUGACAGACCGGUAUGUUCAACAAUUGUUGCACAUUAUCGGAGUCUACAGCCUCAAUCAAUGUACUUAAAAUACAAAAUAAAGUGGCACGUUAACUUAUCAGGACCUUAUAAAACAUUCUGGGAAGAAGAAAAAAAAGCACUGGUGUAUUUUAUGUAAAUGAAUGGCUGUAUUCUUAAAAAAUAAACUAAAAUUUUCUUUUUCAUGUUUUCUUAGUUUAUUCUCUCGUGAGCACAUGUUCACUUGAUCAUAAUAAUGUAGUAGGCAAGUGGAGCCAUGUGUCUUUUUAAGCAUCACUCCAAGAUGUUACAUUUUGGUUGCAAAUUAGUUUUGGUGAUAAAGCCUGUCCAAAAAAAAAAAAAAAGUCUUGUACCUCAGGUAAAUUGUUAAUAGUACUGGCUUAAAUUGAGCCAUCUUCUUUUUUCCCCUACUAUCACUAUUUCCCCAAACUUCCCCCCUCCCAUUUCCCCCUGAGAAGACCCCUCAUCCAGGUUCACUUCUACCUCCCUUCUACCUCUCCCUUCCAGAUU